CAGCAGGAGGCCCCGGUGGUGGACGACCUCGGCACAGAGAAGGUGAUGGCACUGUAUGACUACACAGAGAAGUCGCCUCGCGAAGUUUCCAUGAAGAAGGGAGAUGUUCUUACACUCCUCAACUGUGCCAAUAAGGACUGGUGGAAGGUCGAGGUCAAUGAUAGACAAGGCUUUGUUCCUGCUGCUUACGUCAAGAAGCUUGACCCAAGUCUGUCUGCAAGUCGUAACAACCUGAUGGACGAGUUUACCAUCUCUGUCAGACAGAACCAGAUAGAGACACAGUAUGCUAAUCUGUUAGACCAAGGAAACCAGCGUCGUGAGAAACUCCAGGAAUCGUGCCGUGCCUAUCAACUGGUGCGUGAAGCCGGGGAGCUGGCAUCCUGGAUCACCGAGAAAGAAACCAUGAUUGUUGGUGAUGAAGUCGGGGAAGAUCUGGAACAAGUGGAAGAGAUGCAGAAGAAGUUUGAUGACUACCAGAAGGAUUUGAAGCAGAAUGAAGCAAGACUCCAGGAGCUGAACACGAUUGCUGACAAGCUAACAGCCAUGGGGCGUACAGAGGCGGCCGAGAAGAUCCGGGAGCAGAUUGCUACCCUGAACAACAGGUGGGAGAACCUGCAGGCAGUGACGGCUGUCCGGGCCGAGACCCUGGGGAGUGCCCACGAGGUCCAGAGAUACCACAG